GUGCCUCGCCGGUAGCCCCGCUGGGCGGUCGGUCGCCUCGCCGCUAGCCAGCCCCAUGAGAUUCAAUGCUAAGGAUCUGGCUUUGCUGGCCAGGCAACCAUCAGGUUGCUUUGACAAGGAAGGAAAACUGAAGAUUUGCAGAGUGGUCGGGGACAAAAAAUUACUAGAACCGAAAGAGAGAUGGUGCCGCCUGAAAGGAAAUCUGCUCUUUCUGAUGAAAAAUAAGAGUUCUGAAGCCUCAGAAGUGGUAAUCCUGGAGCGCUGCUGGAUCGUGGAGUUCAGGACUAAAACAGAUGUUUCAAUAGUUCUCAAGUUUCAGAGUGGAGAACCAGACCUUUACCUGGAAGCUGCAUCAAAGCCAGAGUGUGAAUCCUGGGCUGUGGCACUGGGAGAGGGAAACUCAGAAGGGUUGCGGAAUAAAAUUCAACACCUCCGGAGGUUGAUCAUGGAAAUCAAAGAGGAGAGAUCAUCAGAUGAAGCACAACACUUUCUCCCUUCAUCCCAAGCAGACAGUUUAGGAGAGCCACAGUUUACAAGUAUUCAGAGAAUUGCAAAUGAGCCAAAGCUGGAGUUCAGUCUUGCAUGCAAGGAUCUAGUGGCUGCUACCCGUGAUCGGAAGCUGAAUACGUUCAUACAAGUCUCAGUGGUGCAUCCAGCAGAGCACAUUGUGACGAGGUAUUCCAGCACUGAAAUCGUGGAGGGUACAAGAGAUCCACUGUUUCUGACUGGUGUGACAUUCCCACCGGAAUAUCCCAUCUACGAGGAGACUAAAAUAAAACUCACAGUCUAUGAUGUCAAAGAUAAAUCUCAAGACACGGUCCGCACCAGUGCCCUACCUGACCACAAGGACCCAAGAGCAGAUGUUGGACGAAGCUUCCUGGGCUGUACAACUUUUAAAGUAGGAGACUUGGUGAAGUCAAAGGAGCAACAGCUGACCCUUACCCUCAGGACAUCUGAUGGUGGAAAGACAGUUGGUACCAUUGAAGUCAAUCUUGUGAAGAUGAGAGAGGUAGAAGAUGGGGAAACAGACCACAUUGCAACAGACACCAAGGAUCAAAAGUGUGCAUUGGUUCGUGAAUGUACAGUCAGUGAAGGUGUAAGUGGCAAAGACAACUUGCCUUCCCUAAAUGCAGUGUUAAAAAACCCAAUUUGUAAGUUAUAUAGAUUCCCUACUUCUGACAACAAGUGGAUGAGGAUCCGGGAGCAGAUGGCUGAGACCACCCUCUCUUUCCAUGUUCCCAAAGAACUGAUCAAUCUGCACAUAAAGGAGGAUAUGAGAAGGAACCAGGAACUUAAAGACUUGGGAGAACUUGCUCCUCACUGGGACAACAUGCGCAGAAGUGUUAUUGCUCACUGUGACCAGAUGCUGAGCAUGUACCAGGAUACUCUGGCAGAGUUGGGGAAGCACACAGGUUCUUCCUUUAAAUCAAGCUGUAGCAAAGGAGAAAAAACAUUAGAAUUCAUCCCAAUAAAUCUUCAUCUGCAAAGAAUGCACGUGCAUAGCCCUCGAUUGAAAGAUGCUCUGUAUGAUGUGAUCACUGUGGGAGCCCCAGCAGCCCAUUUCCAAGGAUUCAAGAAUGGAGGUCUCCGAAAACUGCUGAGUAAAUUUGAGGCAGAAAGACGAAAUACUGGAUACCAGUGUAUUUACUACUCACCUGAAAACACAGCCAAGGCAAAAGAAGUUCUCAGCAACAUCAGUCACCUACAGCCUCUCAUAUCAAGCCAUGCAGACCUGCUGCUUAAUUCUGCAAGCCAGCAUUCUCCAGACAGCUUGAAGAAUUCCUUAAAGAUGCUUUCAGAAAAAACAGAGUUAUUUGUGCAUGCAUUUAAGGAUCAGCUGGUCAGAAGUGCCCUUUUAGCACUGUACACAGCUCGGCCUGGCUGUGUCCUCAAGAACCCAGCUGUGCCUAGGAAUAGUGCAGAAGAAGGGGGUGAUGUGCAGCAUCAGGAGCAUCCUGCUCAGAUUAAAAGACAGGACUCUAUCCCACAUCAUUCUGAGUAUGAUGAGGAGGAGUGGGACAGGGUGUGGGCCAAUGUGGGAAAGAGUUUAAACUGCCUUAUUGCCAUGGUGGACAGACUGCUGGAAAAGGACAUCAGCAACACCAAAGAGGGUGAAAAUGACCCUUCAGCAGCAGAUUGCAAGGUGUUGCACACAGGGGGUGACUGGUAUGAGCAGCUUUAUCCCCUGGUGAUUACACUGAAGGACUGCAUGGGGGAGGUGGUGACCAGGGCAAAGCAGUCAAUGGCAUUUGUUCUGCUUCAGGAACUUGCCUGUGGUUUGCCCCAAUGUUUGAUGCUGACCCUAAGAAGAGACAUUGUCUUCAGUCAAGCACUUGCUGGAUUGGUCUGUGGGUUUAUAAUCAAACUGCACACAGGUUUACAUGAUCAAGGAUUUUUGCAACAGCUUCAUACUGUUGGAUUGCUUGUACAAUAUGAAGGACUCCUCAGUACUUAUAGUGAAGAAGCAGGGAUGCUAGAAGACAUGGCUGUGGGAAUUGCAGAUUUGCAGAAAGUAAUGUUUAAAGUCAUAGAAGCCAAAUCAGAAGAUUUUUUGCCUGUUAUAACAGGCAGGCGUGAACAUUAUGUUAUAGAGGUCCAGCUUCCAGCAAAGAUGUUUGAGUUGCUGCCCCAGGAGAUUAAAGAAGGAAAACUCCUUCGUAUGUAUCCAGUCCUCUUUAAUGUUGGAAUCAAUGAGCAGCAAACACUUGCAGAGAGGUUUGGAGAUACCACUUUGCAGGAAAACAUUAACCAGGAAAACUUAGAACUUCUAAAAGAAUAUUACAAGCUGUUUACAGAAAAAAUGCCUCCUGAUUGUCUGCCACAUUUUCAAGAACAAAAUGACUUAAAGGGUUUGCUAGAAAAUCUCCAUCAAAAUAUCCAGUGCAAAAAGAGAAAGAAUGUGGAAAUCAUGUGGCUGGCUGCUACGAUCUGCCGCAAGCUGAACGGGGUUCGCUUCACCUGCUGCAAAAGUGCCAAGGACCGCACGUCCAUGUCGGUGACCCUGGAGCAGUGCUCCAUCCUGAGGGAUGAGCAUCAGCUCCACAAAGACUUCUUCAUUCGUGCCCUGGAUUGUAUGAGAAGAGAAGGAUGCCGCAUAGAGAAUGUACUGAAGAAUGUCAAAUGCAGAAAAUAUGCAUUCAACAUGAUACAGCUGAUGGCUUUCCCAAAGUACUACAGACCUCCAGAAGGGACAUAUGGAAAAGCUGACACCUAAGUUAAUAAAAGUGUAAUCAGGAACAUAUAUCGUGCUAAUUAGUGGGUAUAAAAAUUGCUGUUUAUGACUUAAUUGGAAAUGUGUAACCAGUUGAGGUGUUAUUUUUAUCAGGUUUUAUUUUUUUACAGGAAAAUAACUCCUAUUAGUCACUAUGAAAUAAAAUAUGAUGAAAGAACUGUGGAAUGAGUAUUCUCAGAACCCAAUAUUCAGCUUUUCUUUGCAAGUUGGAGCUUAGGAUUCCAGCAGGAGUUAGGUUUUUUUAGGUAGUUUGAUGGAAGGCUAAAAUUGGGAAAUGUCUUUUGCUGUGGGAGCUGAGGUUAAGAGUCAGGAAGGUGCAUUCUGACUCUGAUCCAAAAUCUGAUUUAAGGAGUCUCUUCUGCUGGAAGUUUUGUUUUCUGGAGCCAGCAUAGAUAACACCAAGGUCUUGAUCACUAUGAUUCAAUUCUUCACAUAAUUUUUAUCCAAGAUACUAAUGUUAACACCUGACCUAAAUAUAAUUUUGUUAAUGAUGUUUAGUGUAUUUACAGAUGCACAGUAACUUCAUAAUAUGUUUUGAGCAAUUACAACCUGUAAUUUCAUUCUGGUUCCUUGCACUUCAUUUGGAUAUUUCAUUCUUGGCUUUCUACACCACAGCCAAAACCCACUUAUUUCACUUUCACAUAACUCCCAUUGAGGUGAGAGGGAUUAAUUCUUCAAGGAAGGUGACCUGAGUUUGACCUGUCAUGUUUCUUCUUACUGUGAGCACUUAAAACUAGAUUUUCUGCAGUGGUAGGGAAAAUGAGUUGUACACACAGCAGUUAAUGUAUCUUUAGUCUUUAAAAACAUGGAUUUUUUUUUUUUAGAGCCUAAGAUAUAUGUUAUAAUUAUGAGUAACCUGCUGUAUGAGGACUAGUUAGGCACUGCAGCUGAUUUAUAUCCAAUUUGGAGUGCUGCAUGUGGACACUCGAGGACAAAGAACUAUCAGCUUUAAAAAUUAUUGUUAAUGGUUCUGCCAGCUCGUGUUAGACCUGAAAUUUGUCAUCCAAAGAACAUUUGUGUUUUCUAAUUGUAUCUAUUUAUUGGCACCUUCUGCCUCCCAGAGAGAAAUACAGUUUUAAAGCUCCAAGUAUUCCCUGGUAUAGACCAUUAUGUAAUUCUGAGGAAAAAAAAUAUGUAGAUCAGAAGUGUGAGAACUUUAUCUUGAUGAAACUCUACUGGGAAUUUGAGCAUCUAUCUGAAAUAGUAAUUGCCACAGAUAAAUAAGUUAAUGUUUGCUUGCUCCUCUAGAAGUCAAAGAAGCCUUGAUGCACUGUGAGCUAUAAUUUGGGUUUUUUUUAAUCCAUUAAUGCCCAGUACUGAGCAUAUAUCUGUAACUAUGCUUAGAAAAACACAUAUGUAAGAGCCUGAUUCUGCUAACUCUGGCUGGGUGAUUACAUGAAAGUGAUCUGCUGUAUGGAUAAAAUUAAACCCAUUUUGUAUAUUUGCAAGAUGAGAUUUGGGGCUUGUAGUAGAACAUCAGAAGUAAUUUUUGUUCCAAAACUUAGUGAUUUCAUUGAAGCCAAGAAUUCAUUUACACAAUAUGUUUAUCAAACUAAUUGGAACUUUUUUC